AUGGAUUUGACAUACUCGAAGUCGCCAGAUCACCUGGCCUCGGCCUCAAGCGAGCGUUCACGUCAUAUUACGACCCGAUUCAAUCAUAUCAUCACUGCCGAUAGCCAUGCUAUCAUUACAGAAAGCGCUGAACCUUCUGUUAGAAAAUGCAAGGAUGAACCAAUACAUACCCCCGGGGCUAUCCAAAGCUUCGGGGUCAUGCUCGCGCUACGGGAGGAAUCUCCUGAUCAGCUUGUGGUUCGUGUGGUUAGCGAAAAUUGCAUUAAGCUCAUAGGUUACUCCCCAGCACAAUUAUUCGAGUUGGAUAGCUUUUGUGAUAUCCUACAUGAUGACCAGGCCAAGAAUCUGCUAGAUCAGGUGCAUUUUGUCAGUGAAGAAACAUAUAACCUCGAUCUUGAUGGUCCCUCGGUCUUCUCACUUACAAUUUCUAUGUGGAAUGGAGAGCCUCGCUCUUUCUGGUGUGCCGCCCACAUCAGUCCGACCCAGAAAGACUUGAUUGUAUGUGAGCUUGAACAAAAAGACGACAAAGCUCAUCCGCUUGAUGCCAACGAGUUUCAUACUCCGCCUAUUCCGACAGCCACCCUUGGGGUUUGGCCUACUCAAGAGCAGUUCGAGGCUAGCACUAUGAAGUCUAGCCAGCCACUUCAACUUCUCCGGAACGCUCGACACAAAAAGGGAGAAGCAGAAAUCAUGGAGAUCUUCAGUCUCGUGGCCCAGGUCCAAGAUCAACUCAGCCUGGCCAAUGACAUUGAUACGUUGCUCAAUGUGGCUUUAGGGAUAGUCAAAGAUCUGACUGGAUUCCACAAAGUUAUGAUAUAUCGAUUUGAUCAUAACUGGGAUGGCUUUGUUGUUGCCGAGUUGGUUGACCCUAUGGCCACAGUCGACCUCUACAAAGGCCUUCAUUUCCCAGCAUCCGACAUUCCUCCACAGGCCCGUGAGUUGUACAGGGUCAACAAAGUUCGUUUACUUUAUGACCGUGAUCAAAUCACAGCAAGACUUGUUUGUCGAACCGAAGGAGACCUAGAAAUGCCGUUGAACAUGACUCAUGCAUACCUUCGAGCAAUGUCACCGGUUCAUAUCAAGUAUCUCGCUAAUAUGGGUGUCCGGUCAUCGAUGUCGAUUAGUCUUGAUGGUUUGAAGGGCUUAUGGGGCCUAAUAUCGUGCCAUUCAUACGGCAACAAUGGCAUGCGUGUCCCAUUUUCUAUUCGCAAAAUGUGCCGUCUCGUUGGCGACACGGUCUCGCGACAUAUUCAACGCAUUUCUGAUUUAUCUCAGCUACAGAUGCUGAGUUUAUUAAAGGCCCUCCCCAAGGAAAUUGACAGUUCCAGCUAUGUUCUAGCUUCGUCUGUGGAUCUUUUCCAGAUUUUGGGAGCGGACUAUGCUGUCCUCUCAAUUGCCGAUGAUAUGAAAAUUCUCGGCGAGGGCUCUAACUCACAUGAGAUUCUCGCCAUCUUGGGAUUUCUUCGUCUGCACAGAUUUCACUCCAUAUUCGGCUCUCACGACAUUCAACACGACUUUCCUGAGUUUCGUUACCCUCCUGGUCUGAGGACUACAGCAGGGAUAUUGUACAUCUCGCUCUGUAUGAGUGGUAGGGACUUUUUGGUCUUUUUGCGCAAGGGACAGCUCGUGGAUAUUGAAUGGGGAGGCACUCCAGAUGGAUCCGAAAAGUGGGAUAGAGCUGCUAGCUCUCUGGAGCCACGCAGCAGCUUCGCAGCAUGGAAAGAAACAGUCUUGGGCCAGUCUCGCAUAUGGUCUGAUGCCGAUACGACCACAGCGGGCAUCAUUGGCUUUAUUUACAGUAAAUUCAUCGAAAUGAGGCGGUCCAAGGAUGCUGCCCUGCGAAAUCUUCAGCUUACUAAAGCUUUGCUCCCGAAAUUCAGUCACGACUUCAAUACGCCGCUAGACGAGACACUUAAAGCUUUGGAGAUUGGAUUAGACAAGGCGCUGGAUUUUGAAGCCUAUGAAAAGUUAACCGAUUUACAUGCUUCCUCCAACUCUCUUGUUUAUGCCAUGAAUGAUCUUCUGGACACAGACAACGCCAGGGAAUGGAAAAUAUUGAUUUCUCCUCCUUGUAGCGAAUUUGGUCUUGGUAUCAAAUUAUGGUAUAUCAACAUCGUUCAUGAAUCGUGUCAUUCUUUGAAGCUAGAUCCUCGGCGAUACUUCUUUAUCGAAUGGCAGACCUAUAACUUGAAAGGGGAUGCGGAGUGA